AUGUCCCUCUCCAAGCACCCCAACGUCCUCCGCGUCCGCGGCAGCUGGAUCGACGGCCACAAGCUCUUCAUCGCCCUCCGCCUCAUGAACGCAGGCAGCGCAGCCGACGUCAUGCGCUACGCCUGGCCCGGCGGCAUGCACGAGGACGUCGUCCGCUGCAUCCUCAACCAGGCCCUCCAGGGCCUCAACUACCUCCACAUAAACGGCUUCAUCCACCGCGACGUCAAAGCCGCUAACCUCCUCAUCGACGACGACGGCACCGUCCUCCUCGGAGACCUCGGCGUCGCCGCACCCCUCCACGACGAGGACCACCCACACUCUCCCCCCCUCCCCUCUCCCUCACCCUCCCCCAAACCCCCCGCCCCGCGCCCCGACCGCGCGAUCCACUUCGACCCCGCCGCCCGCCGCCCGCGCCCCGGCAAGCGCCGCUCCUUCGUCGGCACGGUGCUGCGUGCUCACCCCCGCUCGCGCGCACAGCCCUGCUGGAUGGCCCCCGAGCUCAUCGCGGGAAAACACUACGACGCGAGCGCCGACAUCUGGUCAUUCGGCAUCACCGCCCUCGAGCUCGCACAGGGCCGCGCCCCGCACUCCCGCGAGUCGUCCCGCACCGUCCUCCUCCGAACGGUGCAGGGCGCGCCGCCGACCCUGGACCGCGAGGGCGGCGUGCACAAGUACUCGCGCGCGUUCAAGGAGAUGGUCGAGGGCUGCCUGGACAAAGACCCUGCGAACCGGCCGACGGCCGAACAGCUCCUCCAGACGCCCUUCUUCCGCAACUCGAAGAAGAAAUCAUACCUCGUCGGCACGCUCCUCGUCGGCCUCCCGCCCAUCGCCCAGCGCCUCGAGCGCCUCCGCCAGCCCUCGCUCCUCCCGCACGGCACCGUCGACGCGUGGGACUUCCCCGCCUCCGCCGCGCCCACCGUCUUG